UUCUGUCAAGACGCUUAUUUGUACACAGCUGUAGUGUGCAACACGUGCGUGCUCGCGGACGGAAUAUCGGUGAUAAGCUAGUCUUUACUUACAUUAUUGAUAAAAUGGGGGUUCACGACAAUGCAGAUUCGAAGUACAGUGUUAUGGGUGCUUCGAGUUUUUCAAAAUUGGCACCGAAACGUCCUAAUACCGUCGUGUUUAACGAUACUCCCAGUAAAAUUCAAAAGUACGAAGAUACUCAACAAACUGUUCAGACAGAAAACGUGGAUAAAGGAAUUAUUAGCUUACAACAGCAGAGGAAAACUUUACCGGUGUACAGGCUUCGUAAGCGACUGCUCGAAGAGAUCCGCAAAAACAAAACCUUGAUCAUUAUCGGCGAAACGGGCAGUGGUAAGACCACCCAAAUCCCUCAGCUACUUCUUUCAUCCGGAAUAGCUGGCAGUUCCGGUUGUAUCGGUAUCACUCAACCGCGGAGGGUGGCGGCUGUAAGCAUAGCGCGUAGGGUGGCACAGGAACAGGGUGUCGAAACGGGUAAAUUAGUUGGAUAUUGCGUGCGUUUCGAGGACGUCACAUCCCCUCAAACCCGAAUCAAGUAUCUAACGGAUGGAAUGAUGGUUCGCGAAGCAAUGACCGAUGAAAUUCUGUCGGAUUAUACGGUGGUGAUCUUGGACGAGGCUCACGAACGAUCGGUGCAGACGGACGUGUUACUAGGGGUUGCAAGACGAGCGCAAAACUUACGAAAGCUUAAGAAUCUACCACCUUUGAAGCUGCUAGUCAUGUCGGCGACGAUGGACGUCGAUAAGUUCUCCAAGUAUUUUCAAGCACCGCCCGUGUACUUGGAGGGUCGUCAGCAUCCGGUGAAGAUUUAUCAUGCCGUCAAGUCGCAGGAAGAUUAUGCGUUCUCCGCGCUUGUUACUGCCUUUCAGAUUCAUCGCGACAACCCCGCCAACGAGGAUAUUCUGAUCUUUUUAACCGGACAAGAAGAGAUAGAAGCAGCAGUUGCGAGUGCAAGACAAGUAGCUAAACAAUUGGACGGACAAGGGUAUCUUCCGUUAAAGGUCUUUCCAUUGUAUUCCGCUUUACCGACUCAUCAACAAUUAGAAGCUUUUAAACCAUCCCCUCCAGGAAUGCGGAAACUCGUUUUGGCUACCAACGUGGCUGAAACCUCUGUUACCAUUGGCGGAAUUCGACACGUGAUCGACACCGGCGUGGUCAAAGCAAGAACUCAUCACCCAACGACAGGGUUGGAUGUAUUGAGGGUGGAGAAAGUCUCAAAGGCACAGGCGUGGCAGAGGACUGGCAGAGCGGGCCGAGAAACGGCUGGUAAAUGUUAUAGGACGUACACGAAAGAAGAAUUCGAGAGGAUGAAGGAGAUGCCUGUGCCCGAGAUACAGAGAUGUUCCCUCGCGGGAGUAGCCCUACAACUCCUUGCCAUCGGGGUUGAUAUCACCACCUUUGAUUUUAUGGACAAACCACCGAAGGAAGCGGUCGACGUCGCGGUGACCUGUUUGGAAAAACUGGGCGCUGUUAAAGGUUCUCCACCGCAGCUGACUACGCUCGGCAGGACAAUGUCUCUAUUCCCAUUGGACCCACGGUUCACCAAGGUGAUUCUUGCUUCCGUCGAGUAUCACUGUCUCGAAGAAGCUCUCACAGUCGUUUCGUUAUUGUCUGGAGAGUCCGUCUUCACCGAUCCACCUGCGAAACGACAGCAAGCUUACGUCGCCAGAUCGAGAUUCGCUUCACCCGAGGGAGAUCACGUCACGUUGCUGAACGUUUUCCGUGCAUACAUGAACACGAAGCAGAAGAAGGUCUGGUGUCACGAAAACUUUCUGCAUCAUAGAAAUCUGGAGUACGCCACGGAGGUGCGACAACAGCUCGCCGCAUUGGCGGAACGCGCGAAUUUGGAGAAGGCGAGCUGCGGUACGAAUACGGAGCAACUGAGAAAAGCGCUCCUCGAGGGUCUAUACGACAAUCUGGCGGAACUGCAAAGGGACCAAAAUUAUGUUACAGUGAGCUCGAAGCAGCCGGUAGCAAUACAUCCUUCCUCGACGUUACAUGGUACUAAGCCACCGCUGGUAUUGUUCACGGAGGUCGUAGCCACUGGAAGAUGUUAUCUUCGUGGUUUGUCUGUCAUUGAGCCCUCGUGGUUGAAUGAAAAAGGACUCAAUAUCGGGAAACACGACUAAGGAUAUAUAGUGUUCCAUGGACUUUAUCAGAAGAAGGAAAAGCACACGCGGAAGAGUGCUUUUUAUUGGAUAGUUGUAAUUUUGAAUUAUUCGUAAGACUCAUUUUAUAUUGUACACAGAAUUUUAAUAAAAUUGAUUGUAUUCUCGUUGAAAA